AUGGCAGUCAUGCUGUGCGCUGAAUGCACAGCAUUUAAGGAAACUCUCGAGAGUCUUACCGAACACUCCUCAGACGAAAUCCACCGGGCACCGUUCCCCAACUUUGCCGCCUUGGAGAGAUCAUCGUUUAUGGGUUGUACGCUAUGUCAGAUUAUCCAUCAAACAUGGCACCACAAGAGAUAUUCUAAAAGAUACAAGGAAGAUUCCCUUAUCAAUGUCGCAGCAUAUCGCAGGACUUAUGGGACCCGGACACGAGAAAUAUUCAUCGACCAUGAGGGUUCUAUGUUUUGGGGCUUUAGCUUGGCUGACUUCAAGCACAGUCAAGUUGGUGAAGAACAAUUUAGUCAAUACCAAACGGCAUGGCGUCAAAUAACUCGUACCAGUUCACCUGAUAGAAUAGGUCAAAUUAUCCCUCUGGCUUCCAUAUGGAUUCGAAACUGUCACCAGGAACACCAGAAUUGCAUAUCAUACUAUGCUAGGAGGGAGCCCAAAGCAUUGCCAACGAGGCUUAUCGAUGUUGGCGCAGACGUCCCCAGCCAGCCACCAAGUCUCUUCAUGCCUCUGCCCCAUCAAGACAGCAUUGAGUAUAUUGCUUUGAGCUAUGCAUGGGGAUCCGGUCAUUUCAUCAAGACAACGUCCUCGAAUCUCGAAGCUAUGAAACAGCACAUACCAUUGACUCAACUACCCAGGACAAUUCAGGAUGCAAUUCUAGUCACAAGACGUCUCGGCGUCAGGUACCUUUGGGUGGAUGCUCUAUGCAUUUUGCAAAGUGAGGGACCGGACGAUAUGAAGCACAAGGAAGACUGGUCAUAUGAAGCAGCUCGAUUUGGAAAAUAUUACGAAAAUGCCUUGUUGACCAUAGCUGCAACUGGAGCUAGCUCUUCCGACCAGGGGUUAUUUUCACCUAGUCCAAUAUCUGGCCUUGAACCACAGUCUUUUACAUUUCGAUCAGAACAUCAAAUGGAUUGUACUGUUCGAUCGAUGAUCCCGAGUUGGCUUUCCGAGAUUAUUUCUGGACCUCUAUCGUAUCGGGGAUGGGCCAUGCAGGAGCGUCUCCUAUCAAGAAGAGUUCUGCAUUUUGCUGAAAAUAUGAUACUGUGGGAGUGUCAUGAUUGCCGAGCGACUGAACAUGAUCCAGAAGGAAUGAGCCCUAGGGGCCCAGAUGAUGAUUCGUACCUCUUUAAAGAGUUCAUGACGAAGUGUCGUGAUCUGUAUGCCAAGUGCUUGCAGCCCACCGAUUUCAUGGACGAAUGGUACCACUUUAUAAGGCUAUAUUCGAAAUGUCACUUCACUUUUGUUUCAGAUAGAUUGCCCGCACUCUCUGGUAUCACCGCUAUCAUUCAACAACAUACUCAACAGAGAUAUGUUGCAGGGCUAUGGGAGUCGGAUAUUCCCCAGGGCCUAGCGUGGCACAGUUACGGUACUUUUCAUUUCGACACAUCGCACCUAGUCAAUCCUCAAAUCCCCAGUGACCCAGCAAAGGAUGACUCGCAGAUUAUUUUGCCUUCUUGGUCCUGGGCAGCGUGUGAAGGCGCCGUUUUGUACCCCCGUUACGAUGGAUGGCGAUCACUUAUCGAAGUGGAGUCCUGCCAAGUGAACUCACAGGGCUCGAGCACUUCAGGGCAGUUGCGUGGUGCAAGACUGACACUUCGUGGUGUUCUAGCAACGAUCAAUCUGAAUGACUUGGGAUUUGAGCCCUAUGCAAAUACGGAGAUGCCGGAUAAUGUUUUGACUCGUUAUCCAGAUAAGGAAUUCCUCACGGAGGAAUGUGUGUGUAUGGAUUCGAGAGCGGACUCCCAAAUAAGACACACAUCCCACCCCUGUCUUCUUCUUGGAUAUGUUGAUCUACUAGAUGCGGAUCAAGCAGGGGCCCUUAUUUUGAAGGCUACUGGUCAAUGCUUAGAUGUUGUAAAGGAGUACAGGAGAAUUGGGUAUAUAUCACUUGCUAUGCACGAGUUUUCCUCUAUCUUCACCGAUAAGGAGACAAGUAUUAGCUUGGUAUGA